AGAACUGAACAAAAAUGGCGACUACCGUCGCACAUAGAGCGCUGCAAAAUCAACCCUUUGGGUUCCUUAGGCUUUCAUUCAAUUUCGUACGGAACUUGAGCACUGCUUCGCCCUCUACUCAAAACCCUAGUGCCUCCUCGGCAACGAAGAAACGUAAACGAAGAAAGAAGAAUCUGUUUGAGGUAGCCCAGUUCUUGCCCAACUGGGGUAUCGGCUACCACAUGGCGAAAACUCACUGGACAAAUGUCUCGUAUCAGAUCACCAAGAUCAAUCUCUACAAGGAUGGAAGGCAUGGCAAGGCAUGGGGAAUUGCUCGUAAGGACGGACCUGUCUAUUUUCGGCGUAUACUUCAGAAGAAAGCUAACAUCUUUGAUAUCACUUAGUUAAGUAUUAUCUGUUGGAGUCUUUAAAUCAAGUGAUGAAAUUUUGUUAUGAAAGAAAAUAAUUGAUGCAUUCCUGACCCCUUUAUACUGCAAGUUUGGUGAUUGCAUGAUUGGCUGAUAAUGUUGGAGCUCUCUUUGCAACAAACUCUCGGUUGGUUUGGUGGGUUGAUAAAGUUCUAUUCUCUAA